AUAUUAGAACAGCCUGUGCCAGAAUUCAGGAUUUUCAGACUGUAGCCAUGAAUCUGACAGCUCCUCUGCUGCUGCUGCUUCUCACGGCUUGUGCGGCCAGUGGUGCGCUGCUGCCCAAGGCCUUAUGGCAGUUUGGGCAGAUGAUCCCUUGCGCCCAGCCUGGCGUCAACUCCCUAAAGUACAACAAUUACGGCUGCUGGUGCGGCUUCGGGGGGAAGGGAAGCCCUGUGGAUGAACUGGAUAUGUGCUGUAAAGUUCACGACAAAUGCUAUCAAGAAAGCAGAAAGGCUCCAGGGUGCACGGCUAUCGCUGACCUUCCCUAUGUUCUUGUUUAUGACUUCACCUGUUCAAACCAACAAGUGACCUGCUCAGCGACCAACAAUAAGUGCCAGGCUGCCGUGUGUGAGUGCGACCGGGUGGCGGCUCACUGCUUCGCUCAGUCUGCAUACAACCCUGAAAACAAGAACCUCGAUCCCAAAGUCCACUGUGUCAACUAAGUUAUACAACCCCCCCUCCCACCCACCCACACAACCACACACCCACACACACACACACACACAUUUCUUUGACAUUAUUAAUUUCUUUAUAAUUGUUUUUCCACAUAACCGGAUGUAAAAGGAGUCUGAUUUUGUACAAAGACAUCAGUUUGAAAUAAAACAGGCAAGUGAGA